AUGGGUCAAAAAUUCACGCAAGCGGCUGAUAUAUACUCUUUCGGAGUUAUUAUGACCGAAAUAUCUACCGGAAAAAGAGCAUUUGAUGGUGUUCCUUUUAAUAUUAAACUUUCUUUAAAAAUUUGUAAAGAAGAUGAACGACCAGAAUUUGGUGAUGGAACUCCAGAUUGCUACGUGAAACUGGCCAAAAGAUGUAUGGAUUCUGAUCCAAAUGAACGACCAACGGCUACUAUCAUUUGCUCAAAAAUUGUCCAUUGGCUCGAUGAGAUGAAACAGAAGGAUGAUAACGAAAUCAAAAAACAAUUCUUAAAAGCUGAUAAAAUAAUACCAAAAGUCGAAUCGUCGAUUCAUCCGG